UAUCUGCUUCGGUUUGACGUUCAGAUCUUCUCAAAGUUCGGCACUGUGCUGAGGAUCAUCAUUUUCACCAAGAACAAUCAGUUCCAGGCCCUGCUGCAGUAUUCAGACGGAUCAUCUGCCCAGGCAGCCAAACUGUCUCUUGAUGGACAAAACAUCUACAACGGUUGCUGUACCCUGAGGAUUAGUUUCUCCAAACUCACUAGCCUUAACGUCAAAUACAAUAAUGAGAAGAGCCGGGACUUCACCAGGCCAGAACUGCCAUCUGGAGACAGCUUGGAGCAUCCGGCCAUGGCUGCAGGGUUUGCUCCAGGAAUCAUCUCGGCUUCACCGUACCCCGGAGCAACUCACGCUUUUACUCCAACUUUUACAAUCCAGCCAGCAGUGUCCUCCCACUAUCCAGGCCUGACAGUCCCUGCUCUUCCUGGAGGGCUGGCCUCUCUGACCCUCCCCACUGCUGCCAGGCUGGGAUUCCCCACCUUCCCUGCAGGACACUCGGUCCUGUUAGUCAGCAACCUGAACCCUGAGAGAGUUACGCCCCACUGCCUCUUUAUUCUCUUCGGUAUGUUCCCUUCUGUGGUUGAAGAUGACCUAAAGAUGCUGUUCUCAAGUUCUGGAGCUGUUGUCAAUGCCUUCAAGUUCUUCCAGAAGGACCAUAAGAUGGCUCUGAUCCAGAUGGGUUCAGUGGAAGAAGCCAUCGACUGUCUCAUUGCAUUCCACAACCACGACCUGGGAGAGAACCACCACCUGCGGGUCUCUUUCUCCAAGUCCUCCAUCUGAGCCUCCGUCUCUGCGAGCUGGAUCCUCUCCGAUGGUGUCCACUACACUCCGAUCAUUCCAAUGCACAUCUGCAGAAACCACCGUGAAAUCUGCUGUGAUGUUAAAUUAUUUUGUUAUUUUUAACCUUUUAGACUACUCACCUUUAGCAAAGGGUAGGAAGAGUCCAUAAAUAUGACACUUCAGAGCUCCUCUGAAGUUCUUUACUGGUUCUCUAAAAUCAGAGAAAAGUCAGUAUUCUGAGUUUGAACUGUUUGAUACAAGGUCAGAACUGCCUGUUGUAGUCAGAAUUUAAUGUCCUUUUUUUGGGGAAGUUAGCAUUUUUUCAGCCUCUUUUGCCUUUUGACUUUAGCCCAAUGAUCAAGGGAUCAAAGUCUGCCUUUAAAAUGACCAUGGGCUCCGACUGAAAUGUUAAAAACUUACUUUCUCAGAAUGAUCACUUUAAUCUCUGAUUCUUGUUUUCACCUGAUAAAGAAAUUAAGAUUUUUAGGAAGUUUUAGCUCAACCUUCUGACUUUCAGAUUUCACUCUGGCAUCCGUUAGAGAUGUCUGCUUUGACCUUAAAAAGAUCCCUGUGCCUUAUUCCCACCUAAAUACAAAGACAAAACAAAGCCUCUGAAUUGACAAAAGCAGGUUUACAGUUAAUUAAGGUUUACUGUUGAGAUGUAUUACAGAUAUAUUCCUGUUUUUUUGUGUAUUUUAUUGGUGUUGUCAGUGCUUUAAGUUAGUGUUUUCUAAUGUUGGUAACUGUAGUACCAAACAUGUGAACUGAGUGAGUUUUAGCAGCUUUGCUUUAAUGUUAGUCUCGAUUUAGUUUUUGUCCUUUUUUUUUUCUCUCUUUUAUUUCCAAAUAUGCAAUCAUAAUAUAAUCAUAUAUUGUAGCAAUAUUUUAAUCAUUCCUUAGCUUUUUAUUUUCCUUCUCGUCAGUGAUCUCCAGCUGAAGAUGAAUGUUUUUGGUUUUGUCAGUCGCGUGUCUCUCGGAACGGUUUUUCUUAUUUAUACAUUUGUGAUCCACUACAGCUAAAACCAAAAACAGCCCUUUAGAUGCAAACUAUUCCACCUGCCUCAGGUUUUUCAUUUUAAGGACUGAAAAAAAGAAAAAAAAACAUAACAAAAUGACAAUAGUGAGCUGGUUCAGGCUUUCUUGGUGUUUAUAUUUUCCUGUGAAAACGCUCAUGGCUUCAGUGCAUUCAGUCCACCGGUGGAGUGCCUUUAACCCAGCGCUGAAGUCAAACAUCAGGCAUUUCAUUUUCCUGAUGUUUUACACAAAGUUUGAGCCUGAAGAUGCUGAUUUUCUUUCUUUUUGUCUUAAUAUUGGGAAUUGACAACAUUCCUUGGAAGUUUUACCCAUUGUCAAAUUAAUGGGAUAUUUUGCUGUUCGACGGAGGUGCUUCGUAGAAAUAAGCUGCUGAGUUUACUGGUUGUGAUGUCUUCGGUGCACCUUGGAAGAGAUCAA